AUGUACUGCCUACUUUUUACGGUUUGGGAAUUCCCAUUAAACAUAAGAGUAUUCUCUCUCAAAUUUGAACAAUCUGGAGACCCCGAGAUAAAACUCACGGAAGUGAAAUCCAGAGCUUUCAAUAUCAGACUCUGGAUUGUCCGAAACGUAAGGAUCUCAAAAUACAACUUCUCAUGUGUUGUGGUGAUAGAGGCACUAUGA